AUGGUUGAUUCAAUUAUUAGAUGUACUUCUGCUUUACCGAGUAAUGAUUACAAAUUAUGUCCUUUUACUCGUCAUGUAUUCUUAAGUGGAGGAGUAGCCGUUGGCAAGACUACUAUUCUUAAUUAUAUUGCAAGUGUAUUCUUUAAUGUGGAUGAUAUUUUUUUUGUUCGAGAAUAUAUUGAUUACGAUGUAGAAGGUGAAAAACGUUUAGAGAGUUUGCAUCAUGGUGUAAUAAAAAAUUAUCAAUUUCAGAAGUAUGUAUUGCGAUGUUAUAGAAAACAAUUUAUGAGUUAUGAAUUUAGAAAUGCAAGAAUUGUUAUUUGGGAGAGGCAUUUGAGCGAAGCUUUGAGUAUUUUCUGUGAAAAUGAUGAAUCUCUUACUGAUGAGGAACGUAAAGAUAUUAGAAAGGAAAUAGAUGAAUUAUGUGAAAUGUAUAAUAUACCCAGUUUGAAUAAUAUUAAUGUGAAGUAUAUUAAAAUUAAUACAGCUGAAGUUGAAAUGAAAUGGAUAGCACAAAUGUUAUUAAACGGUGUUAUUUAUCCAAUGUUGAUGAAGAAUUAUAAACAUGAUUUAUUUGUCUUAUUGUAUUGUGGAAAUUUAAAAGAACAAUAUCGUAGAGUGUUGCAAAGAGGAAGAAGUGUUGAAUUAGAAGUGUAUAAAAAGAGUGAAGAUUUACUUACAAUUAAUGAUACUUAUUUUGAGUUUUACUUAAAACAUAACGAAUUAAAUAAUUGA